GGAUGCGACAUAUUAUGUCAAUUAAUUCGAGUCCCUCUAUCCUGAAGAGCCAGUUUCUGUUUCCUCACUAGCAAUUCAAUUUCAAGCUGAAAAGAAUUGAGUGGUUGUCCCAAUAAGAGGUUACAGUAUCCGAACCGACUUCUACUUAAGAUCACUUUGGCCAUCCCCUGUUUUUUCUUGGCUUUUUCUUCCUCUCUCUUGCUUUUUUGGCACGUAACUUGGGAGGAGCGGGAGAAGACAAAACACCAUUCAAUAAUAUGUCAUGGGUCAACUUUUUCUUGUCUUCCAUGUGUCCCUAAGCUCCACUUUACAGUUCCUGCAUCAUUUGUGGCCAUAUUACUCCCAGGAGCAGUGCUGGACAAUAUAAAUAGGAUUUGAUACCGAUGCCCCGUAACGUGAGCAGUUCUUGUUAGUACACAAAUCAUGGAUCGAAAUGCACCUGCUGGUUUUGUUUUCAACCCCUCAAGUUCUCACUCGAUGUAUUAUCAAGACAAGAAGGGUAGCCGAAUGAUCGAUCUGGGUCUUAGCCUGAGAACUCUGCAGUCUGAUUCAUGCGAUGAUCCAUCUGGCGAUUCAGCAAUGACCACACAUGGGUGCGGCGAGCUAUUUGAUUGGCAGCAAUUGAACCAGUUGCAAUACUCAAACUCGAAAAACCCAUGCUCGAAAAUUCUCCAGGACGCCUACUAUGAUGAGGAGGCAGAGGGGGUUCAGAGCGAAGAGCGAUCGAUAUAUGUCAAAGUCACCAUGGAUGGAUUAGUCGUCGGUAGAAAACUGUGCAUGCUUGAUCACAGCAGUUACUGCAGUUUGGCACUUCAAUUGGAAGACAUGUUUGGUGGACAGUGCGCAUAUGGGUUGAGAUUGUCCGAGCCCGAGUCCGAGUACACCUUGCACUAUAAGGAUAGGGAAGAGAAUUGGAGUACUGUGGGUGAUGUUCCAUGGAUGGAGUUCAUCGGACGCGUUAAGCGCAUGCGGAUCACGAGAAAGAGCGAAGCAUUUCUUCCAAUGAUCCUGGAAAGGCAUCAGCCGACGAGCAACCAACUUAACUGGGGUUUCGAGAGCAAUGAUUCGACCGAGAUGUAAAAUGAAGUUCGUGGUUCCUCAAAAUUAAAGGUGUAUCAUGUAGACCUUUCAAAUUACUGUUUCAUGUCUCAUAAAGGUUUGCUGAUUUUACCUGAUAGACUUUCUUCCCAUAGAAUAGUAUUAGGGAUGAGCAUCGGUCCAGGAUUGCCUUGGCUCGGCCCAACCUUGUCGGUCCUAGUUUAGCUCCUAGGGGGACUAGAUCGGUUCUUGUCCUGAUACCUUGAACUUUGCACUAUGUCGGUUGAUCA